AUGCCUAUCAGUACAGAGUUGAUCAGCAUGUUGUCACCCGCGCGUCCCUGCUCGGCAGAUGGCGACGACGCGUCGGACCUUGCUCGAGUGCGUGGUGACGGUGACGACGAUCGAGGCGAGCCCCCGAGAAGCAAGAGGGCGCGAACACAAGAGCGUAGAGCGAUGCAGGCAUGCUUUCGAUGUCGCAAACAAAAGCUACGCUGUCUUGGUGGCCGGCCAUGCGUAAGAUGCGUCAAGGCGAACAAAGAAUGUGAUUUCGGCAAAGGGAACGCGGGCAACAUCGCUCACCCUCCGAAUGUCACCUUUGGCACUGCACAACAACACGAACAACAGCAUCAACAAGAGCGUAGAGCGAUGCAGGCAUGCUUUCGAUGUCGCAAACAGAAGCUACGCUGUCUUGGUGGCCGGCCAUGCGUAAGAUGCGUCAAGGCGAAGAAAGAAUGUGAUUUCGGCAAACCGGGACAAGCGUCCGCCGCCCCGAACUCAAGCACAACCACGAACGGGAAGGUGGUUGAGGAUGGAGAUGGGGUGGCGGCUAGAGCUAGAUUGGAGUACCUGGAAAGCCGCGUCGCCAACCCGUUGGCUGGUCUACACGAGCCCGGCGCCAGCGGGACCGAUCUUCUGCCUGCUCCUACCGCAGCUCCGGCCCGGACUCCUGCUACAGCUCCAUCUAUAGCCCCGCUCGCCGCUCCAGUGGUAGCCCCCGUCACGGCUCCUGCUCCUGCUGCUACACCUGCUCUGCUCUCCACGUCCGGUCCUCCAAUGACCCAGGGGCUAGGGCAGGUGAGGUUUGGCAAUUCGCCAGAAGUCAACUUGAUCUCGCCGCAUUCCUAUUCCAGCCGACCCGAGACAAUAUCGCCAUCAAGAGAAUACGGCGCAGGGGGGAGCGGAAAGCACAAGGAUAACGAGGAGGAGGCCAAGGAGAGGCUGGCUUCGGCCACCAGGGAUGGAUUUGAGCCCCCAUUUCAGGCGCUGGUAUACCAGCCAUCGGUCUGGGAGAACCGGGAAGGAUCAAAGCGGAGCUCGCCUCUCCCUGAUGAACCAGUGCACCCUGCGCGCAUGCCACUAUGGGGCGUACGAGACGAACCAGUCACCUCGGGUGUGAUCGACCUUGACACGGCCAGAACCUUGUACACAUUUUUUAUGAAUCACUGCCACCCCUUUUUGCCCAUUGUCGACAUCACCCUUCCCGACCCAUUUACCUCAGUCCAGCGCUAUCCAUCACUCUUCUCCGCAAUCUUGGCAAUCUCCGCCCGGUUCUACCUCCGUCACUCGACCACAUCGCACACUAUCGACUCUUAUGUCCCAGCGGCCCUCGCCGAUAUAGCCGAAUCUCACCUCGCCCAUACCUUGCUCCGGAAAAAGCAUACCUUGGCCGACGUGCAGGCCAUCUUGCUGCUUGCGGCUUGGGGAUUACAGAGUGGUGGAAAGGGGCCAGACGCGUGGGUCUUGACGGGGCAUGCGGCGCGUGUGUCUAGGAGGCUGGGGAUACAUCGGGCCGUUGGGCAGGCUGUGGCUGCUACCAAGAGGGACGGCUCACAGCUCGAGGCUCCGGUUGAUGAGGUGGAUGCGGCCGUGCGGCGACAAUGGAGGACGUGCUUCGAUUCCUUCCUUUCAUUCGGGUUCGGUCGACCUCAAUCAACCCAGUUCGAGUCCAUUGACGACCAAGCUUUCCUCAAAGCCCGCUUAUCUCAUCCGCUCCCCCGGCCAGGCACUCCAGCCAGCUUGUCGCUAUAUGGCGACGCGUAUAUUGCAGCGACGGCUCGAUUGGGUCAUAUCGCUCGAUCAUUCGUCUUGUGGGUAGAGGAGCAAGCGCCAGUUGGGUCUCCGAACGGCCAGUCUUUGUUGUCGAUGUUGUCGAAUCUGAACGGAAGGUUGGACGACUGGUGCAAGCUCUGGGUCUGGUCCGGAUCGUCCCAUGCGCUUUAUCUCGGCGCGUCAGCACGUAUAGCCCGACUGCAGGCCGAGCACCUUCGCCUGAGCAUCAAUGCCAUGGCUCUCCGCUCGUCGACCCACAGCGACGGUCACGAGAGCAGCGUCACAUACCUUCGCAAAGCGCUCAACGCAGCGAAGAGCACUAUCCAAACACAUUUCGAAUCGAGUCAGACCGAUAUCGCUCUGAGCUUUGCUACGGACUACAUGACCAUGGCCUUUGCCCAAGCUGCAGUCUUUCUGAUCCGCUUGACAAAGGCAUCCCCCCUCGUCCAGGAGGUAGUCUCGCUCGACCCCGCGGUCGUCAGCCAUUACCUCACCAUGUCGGUCGACCUGCUCGAACUGGGCGACAUGUCGGAAACGCGCUUGUCGACCUACUUUGCACGGACUAUCCGAGGAAUUUCGCGUGCCGCAGGACUCGCUAUCCGUCCUGACGAUUCCACGACCACAGCCGGUGUGGCUGGGGACGGACUAGGAGAUCAGCCUCAUGUACCCGAGCAGUCAACGUCGCUGGUAAGCGCGGAUGGUGCAGGCGACGGCGGACUCUACGACGCCGAUACGUUCUGGGCGGGACAUGAUCCCUUCGACUUGAGCUGCGUGCUCGGCCUGUCGGGUGGUGGUGUGGCGCAGGAUACGGAGUGGCUCGAACCGGCUCUGGGGAAUCUGGGGUCCUUCACUCAACCUACAACGCCUUGGUGGAAUAUGAUCUUUGGAACCGGGGAAGGAUCUGUCUGA